CUCUCUCUCUCUCUCUCUCUCUCCUAUCUCUUACUCAAACUUAGAAAGAAGCCAAAGACUAUCUUUUGCCCCUGUUUGUUCCCACAUACCCUGUUGUUAUUUGAACAAAUAUCAUGAACAAAAGCAACAAUCACAAUAUCACCUUCUGAAAAAACAGUGUUUUGGCUUUUGCACAUAGUCUUGUAGUACUCUUUUCCAUAAGAAACAAAAGAGAGAUACGAUCGAGAACAGAAAAAAACCAAACCUAAAAUGGCUUCUCCCUCGGAGCUAUCUUUGGAUUGCAAGCCUCACAGCUAUUCCAUGCUUCUAAAAUCAUUUGCAGAUCAUAAUCAACAGCCUCAUGAUCAGACUCAGAAGCUCGAAGACUUUCUCUCUCGUCUUGAAGAAGAACGCCUUAAGAUCGAUGCCUUCAAGCGAGAGUUGCCUCUUUGCAUGCAACUUCUCACCAAUGCUGUGGAAUCGUCAAGGCAACAACUACAAGCGUAUAGAUCAGCAAAUAACCAAGGGCCAAUUAGGCCAGUUCUUGAAGAAUUCAUACCCUUAAAAACAUCAAGUUCCGAAGGCUCAGAAAAGACCACAAACACAAUAUCUGACAAGGCAAACUGGAUGACAUCUGCCCAACUAUGGAGCCAAACUAGUGAAGGAUUAACUAAACCACAAAUUACCACAAGUAGUAUUAAUAACACAUCUCAAAAAGACCAAUCUGACCACAUUAGCUUUAACAUGAGCCCCAAGCUAGCCUUGGACAACAAGCAGCGAAACGGCGGAGCUUUUCUUCCCUUCUCCAAGGACCAGAACUCGUGCCCGAGGGCCCCGCUACCGGAGCUGGCCCUCUCCUCGGCGGAGAAAGACGUCGAGGAUAAGAAGUGCUUUGAGGGCGAUCAAAAUGGGCAAAGGAGAGAAAGUUGUGGCAAGUUUGGUAAUAAUAAUCGUGUUGGAGUGGUCAUUGAGCAAGGAAAAGGAAGUGGAAAUAUAUCAGAAGGACAAACAAAUAAUAGUAGUACUAAUAAUAAUAAUAAUAAUAAUAAUAACGGAUCCAAUAUUACUACUAGUAAUUCUAAUCAAACUCAUAGAAAGGCAAGGAGGUGUUGGUCGCCGGACUUGCACCGAAGAUUUGUGAAUGCUCUUCAGAUGCUUGGUGGUUCUCAAGUUGCCACUCCAAAACAAAUCAGAGAGCUCAUGAAGGUUGAGGGCUUGACCAAUGAUGAAGUUAAAAGCCAUUUGCAGAAAUAUAGGCUGCACACUAGACGACCAAGUCCAAGCCCACAAUCAGCAGGCGCGCCAGCACCACAGCUGGUAGUGCUGGGAGGCAUCUGGGUCCCACCUGAGUACGCGAGCGCCGCCGCCGCAGCCCACGGCGGUGCCCCGGCAGCCCUCUACAGCCCGCACCCGGCGUCCCAUGCACCGCCCCACUACUGCGCCCCGCCGAUGCCUCAAGACUUCUACGCCUCACCAGCGCCUGCAUCGCCACCGCCGAUGCCCCACCACCACCAGUUGCACCACCACGCCCUCCACCACCAGCUCCACAUGUACAAGGCCACGUCACAGAUCCACAGCUCGCCCGAGUCCGAUGUUAGAGGGGCCGGGGACCGGUCGGAGAGCAUUGAGGACGGCAAGUCGGAGAGCAGCAGCUGGAAAGGCGAGAGCGGCGAGAACGGCGGAGAGCGAAAAGGGUUGGCUGCACUCAGAGAAGAUGGUGAAGAGAGCAAUGGAAGUGAGAUCACUCUCAAAUUCUGAGGGUUUGGAGUGUUUAGGGUUAGGAGAAUAUUAGGGUUUCUUGCGUGUUUUCGUUGUAUAAGUCCCAAUGUCUUAAAUUGUAAUUUUAUUCUUGUGUUACGUAGUAUAUAUCUAUAAUUAUUUAUUUAGUUAGUAAUAUAAGUAGUAGAGAGAACC